AUGAGGAGCCCACGGGAGCUUGUGGACCAGAUGCGAUAUUAUCGUUUCCAUCGGCAAAAUGGGCAUGACACGAAGGAGUGCCACGAGUUGAAGCGACAGAUCGAGAAGCUGAUUCGAAGAGGGCACCUCGGUCGCUAUCUACGGCAGGAUAAAGAGCUUUCCCCAUGGCCCGAGGGCCCCAUCGAAAGGCAGAUCGAUGUGAUCACGGGCGGCCCGAUGUCUGGGAGAAACAGUAUGUCUGGGCGGAAAGCAUACGCCCGCACUGUCGCAGCCGAAGACCCUGGGCGUGGGCUCGGGCCCAUAGUCACGUUUCCCACCGAGAGAGCCGAGCAGCCCGAACACGAUGACGCGUUGGUAGUGGCUGCCAGAAUCGCCAACGCCCAAGUGAAAAGGAUCAUGGUCGACACUGGAAGCUCGGCCGCAUCCUUUAUUUGGACGCUUUCCAAAAGCUCGAGCUCUUCCGCGACGCCCUAG